UGUUUUCUUUAACCACGAUGUCGGCGUCCGAAUAUCAACGUAUAUCAUCGCCUUUGUCCUCAUCACCUAGCCGUAUCUCUUCUUUGUCCCGUCCAGACUGGCCUUGGUCGUCUGCUGCCCAUCUCAGAUAUCCACGAACAUCAUCCUUGACAUCUCUUUCUUCCAGCUCGUCGCCUCAGACAUCGUGGGACCCCAAGGCCUUGGUCACGCCUCCAGGAAGUAGUUCGGCGUGGAACCCUGCUGCCAGACACAACACCGGAUCCACGAUGGGCUAUGUACCGCCCGCCCCAGAGGAGAGCACGCGUCAAUGGACCUUUAUGGGACUUGAAUGGGUUAUUAGAGACAUUCGCAAGCUGCGAGAUUACAUCGAAGGCACAGAGAACCCAGAACCAUCUGAAAACCUCAAUGCUGAGGAUCACGCCGAACACGGCGAUUUCGAAGUUUUGAAAGAGUCGCCUGUAAUGGGCGAUAAUAAAUUCAAAUUGGAGAUAGCGCGUUCUCAAACUCCUUCUGAUGUGGAUAGCAAGACGUUGUCGCUCUAUAUUACUUCUCUUGCACUAGACUUUGCCCAUCCCGAUUAUGAGAUGCCCACUUCGAUGAUGACGGCGAUCAAGUGCCAGGAUGACCGGGCGGGCGAGCGAGGUGCACGCCCUGAAUGGGUAUGGGAGUUUUGGCAGAAUGAUUGGGUGUUCAGGCAAGAAAGCGAGGUUUGGGCCUGCAGUUUGCCUUCACUCUUCUCUUUGUUGGAGAAUUCGCGUAUUCGAGAGACAGAUUCGUUCGUGAUCUGUGUUCAGAUUCAUUGUCCGAUAGGACCCUUGUUUCCGUCUCAUCCCUCUGCUUACUAUGUCCCACGAGAUCUUCUUGAUGGGUUGGAAGCGUCACUAGACAAUCCCAAUACUGGAGAUGUUCGCUUCGUAUGUCUUGAGAAACAAUCCAAUGAUAUCCAUUCCUCUCCAGCCUUGAAUGCGCCUGAAGCAACGUCACCUGUGACCCACCGAUCACCCUCCUCAACAUCUUCCCAUUCCCUGUUCUCAACUCAAACUACAGCGCGUAAACGCAUCAUCUAUGCUCAUUCAGACAUACUAACGCGUCGAUCUGACUACUUUGCCACUAUGUUGGCUUCUUCAUUCGCUGAGAAUCAGGGAGUAAUAUCGGGCGAACGUAAACUUCUUACCAUCGUUGUCGAGGAGGCUGAUUUUGAAACCGUUUAUUGGUUGCUCAAGUUCUGCUACGCAAACUGGCUUCUCUUCAAAGAGCACGACGAUCCAAGGGCUGCUGUAGAAGGCAUUGGAGGUGGCUGGAGUGCCAAAUGGUUGCAUGCCCAUGGCGGAGAAUGGGACUGGAAGACUUUCCACAAGUCAGGUCAUGGAGAUGACCUGUCCAUUGAUGCUCGGAGUGCCACUAGCGGGGACAGUGCCACCGAGCGAAGCCGAUCUCCCACUAGCGGACCUGCAGGACUGCAACCUGGGCAAAUAAGAGCUACACCACCGAGUCCGCGUCCAGCUCCUUUAGCAUCAGCGUCGAAGACAUCGGCGAGCGCAACUUCUUCACGUAUAUCAACCACAACGACAAACACUACCUCCACAACGACUACACCUCGACGCGCCUCAGCCAUUCCGGUAAACAUCUCAGGGACUUCAUCCAGUCGGUCUAAACAAGCCCCAGUCCCUCUGACUGUUCCUCCUCCUAACUAUUCUGCGGGGGGCCACUAUCCAAUUUCCCCGCGGUCACAAAGGCCGCGACAGGCGAGUAAUACGACACCGGAUCCUCACAUGCACCCGACUCCUCCGCCUCCUCCAGCGUCGGCUUUGUCCAUGUAUCAGGUGGCACAUCGGUAUAGUAUGCCAACGUUGGCAAAUCUCGCUUUGGAGCAUAUGAUGACUACUCUGACCCCACAAUCGAGUUUCGCGUUACUGUUAGCAACCUCAUCAUGGGAUGAAUUACGAUCCCUGGUUGAGGAUUACGUUGUUGACAAAUGGGAAGAAGUUUCCGUGUCGGAAGAGUUUGAGCAGUGCUGUCAGGAGGUUGCAGCCGGAGAAUGGGGACCAGAAGGAGGCAAGACCAUGACGGCCUUAUUCCGACGUCUGCGAUCUCCCAGCGUCAUGGGAUAUGGGCGUCCGUGAGAGGACAGUCAUGAUAUACACCGCAUGGACAGCAUCUCUCAUGACCGACGGCGCCUAGAAUUUAAUAACAAUUUGUUAGAUGUCAUCUUUUUACGCAAACAAUAGGACGGAUUCUGCAUUCUAAUUUCUGAUGGACGCGCACGAUUCAAAGUAGAGGACGGGGUUUUCGCCAAAGAACAAAGAACGACUGUUGACAAUGCCAAAUGCAAGGAAUCAUUGAGUGGGAAAUGGUAUUUGUGUGCACUUCCAAGUAAAGCAUGGGUUCCAGAUCACUGCGCCACGGCGAGUGUUUGUUGUGGACAUCACUAGUUAUAGGCAAUUUCAAGUGCCGUUGUUAUCAAGG